AACGUGUUACGUCACUUCCGCUACCUCCACGGCAGGCGUCGGUAAAUGACGUUGCCGCUUCCGGGUCGCCGAGGCAGCCUGUGGUGGCGAAGGCAUCAGUGUUCGCUGAUGUCCAGUCUAUGGAGUCAGUUGGUACCGGUGGCGGCGCGGAGGCAGAAGGCGGUGUCCGAGUAGGGGCCUCUGCCCCACCAGGAUGUUACCGGGCUUGGCCGCCGCCGCCGCGGCGCACAGAUGUAGCUGGUCCUCCCUGUGCCGGUCCCGUCUGCGAUGCAGGGCGGCGGCCUGUAACCCCAGCGACCGCCAGGAGUGGCAGAAUUUAGUGACAUUUGGAAGCUUUUCAAACAUGGUUCCCUGUAGUCAUCCAUAUAUUGGUACACUGAGUCAAGUAAAGUUGUACUCCACAAAUGUUCAGAAAGAAGGACAGGGAUCACAAACACUCAGAGUGGAAAAAGUACCAUCAUUUGAAACAGCAGAAGGUAUAGGCGCAGAACUCAAAGCUCCACUUAAGCAAGAACCUCUCCAAGUAAGAGUUAAAGCAGUCCUUAAGAAAAGGGAGUAUGGAUCAAAGUACACUCAGAAUAAUUUCAUCACUGGAGUCAGAGCAAUAAAUGAGUUCUGCCUCAAAUCCAGUGAUCUAGAACAACUUCGAAAAAUCAGACGACGAAGUCCCCAUGAAGAUACUGAGUCUUUCACUGUAUACUUGAGAUCAGAUGUGGAGGCAAAAUCUUUGGAAGUUUGGGGAAGCCCUGAAGCUCUUGCCAGAGAGAAAAAAUUGCGUAAGGAAGCAGAAAUAGAGUACAGAGAAAGGCUAUUUAGAAACCAAAAAAUAUUAAGAGAAUACAGAGAUUUCUUGGGAAAUACCAAGCCACGCUCCAGAACGGCAUCAGUGUUUUUUAAGGGACCAGGAAAAGUGGUGAUGGUUGCAAUUUGCAUCAAUGGAUUAAACUGCUUCUUUAAAUUUCUUGCCUGGAUUUAUACCGGUUCAGCAAGUAUGUUCUCAGAAGCUAUACACUCAUUAUCUGAUACUUGUAAUCAGGGUUUACUAGCACUGGGCAUCAGUAAGUCUGUUCAAACACCAGAUCCUUCUCAUCCGUACGGAUUUUCAAAUAUGCGCUAUAUUUCUUCGCUAAUUAGUGGUGUUGGUAUUUUCAUGAUGGGUGCAGGACUAUCUUGGUACCAUGGAGUCAUGGGAUUGCUUCAUCCUCAACCAAUAGAAUCCCUUCUAUGGGCAUAUUGUAUUUUAGCAGGAUCAUUAGUAUCUGAAGGAGCAACACUUCUUGUUGCUGUAAAUGAACUUCGUAGGAAUGCUCGGGCUAAAGGAAUGUCAUUUUACAAGUAUGUAAUGGAAAGUCGUGAUCCUAGUACAAAUGUGAUAUUAUUGGAGGAUACUGCUGCAGUCUUGGGAGUUGUAAUAGCAGCCACUUGCAUGGGCCUUACUUCUAUAACAGGCAAUCCACUGUAUGACAGCCUAGGUUCUUUGGGUGUGGGCACCUUAUUAGGCGUGGUCUCAGCAUUCCUCAUCUACACUAACACAGAAGCACUCUUAGGGCGGUCCAUCCAGCCAGAACAAGUACAGCGGCUCACUGAACUCCUGGAGAAUGACCCAUCAGUAAGGGCAAUUCAUGAUGUUAAAGCCACAGAUCUGGGAUUAGGUAAAGUAAGAUUUAAGGCAGAAGUAGAUUUUGAUGGGCGAGUUGUUACAAGAUCAUAUUUGGAAAAACAAGAUUUUGACCAAAUGUUACAAGAAAUUCAAGAAGUGAAAACUCCUGAAGAACUAGAGACCUUUAUGCUUAAACAUGGAGAAAAUAUUAUUGAUACUUUAGGAGCUGAAGUAGAUAGACUUGAGAAGGAACUGAAAAAACGAAAUCCUGAAGUUCGACAUGUAGAUUUGGAGAUACUGUGAGUUUGAUGGAAUGAAUCAUCUGGGUGGGGACCUUGGAAACAAGUUUGUCCGUCCACUCUACAAAGUUUCCUCCUUUCCUACACUGAAGGACUCAGUGCCAUGCAGAAGCCUUUUUUUUAAGAUGAAGGAAAUAUUUCAUGUAAAGAGCAAUUCAGCAGGACACAGAACUAAAACUACUACUUACAUCUAAGAGACACACUACAAGUUGAAUCAAUUUGAAAAUCAUGUUUUUAUGCUUCCAUAGGGAACAUUUUGGUUAUUUAAAUUGUUCAUAAUAUCCCAUAUUUCACCUGUUCAGUGUAUACUGUACUUUGCAAUCAUCUUUCCUUUUUUCACAUUGGUAAAAAUAAGUGGCAUCCAUAGGAUCAUAAUUUUUAAUUUGUUGCCUCUGAAGAUUUCACUCCAUCAAGAUCUGCCAAUCUUGAAUAUUCUGGCUAAAUCUGGUUUUUAAACAGUCACUCCGUUUCAAAGUCUGUCUUUCCUUAUAGAAUGUGGAAAUUAUUUCUCCAUACCUUGUGAUUUUGACCUGAGUGCUAAGAGAAUCACUCUCCUUACAUAGUUAUCUACAAAUGUUCAUUCCAGAAAUGUUUAGUUACUGAAUUGAAUGAAGACAUCUCAGUACACUCUUUUAGGUCAUAGUAGUUGCCAUUUUGUAAAAUUUCUUGUUUUCUUCUUUGCUCUUUUACCCUUAUUUGGUUUAAUUUUUCUAAUGUUAGGAGAUAUAGUCCUAGAUAUUUCCAUGGGCCAGUGUGAUGACUUUUUUUUAAAUGAGGUUCAGUACCAUAAUGUUUGUUUACUGGGAGAUAAUGCAUUUAUAAGCAUUUUAAAAUUCUGUGAAAUGGGUUAGAAAUAUUUAUAAUUUUACAGGCAGGACAGCAUUUGACUUUUAUUUAAAAGGCGGCACUACUUGCGUAAAUCUGAGCUGUGGGAUAUUUCCUGCUUUAAGAGAGAGACAGAAUCUGUCACUGAAACUCAUGGUCAUGAUUUUGUAUAAUAUAGUUCAUACUGUGUCUGUGAGUUUCUUCCAGUUACAAAUGGGCAUUUAGCAUAGUUAUAUUGACUAUAACAUGUAAGUAAAUAGCUUUCUACUUGACCCUAAGUUAUCAAGGUGAAAAAAACAUGCAAUUCAGUAAUUGAAAAUGUGGUGAAAAGCUGCAGCUGUCAUCAUCAAAACAACUCAUAACGUACUUUAAAAUGUUCAGGUAGCAGUGAGCAUUGUUCAUAUGAGAAUGGCGGCUGGGUGAUCUCUUUGCUGAAUAAAUGAGUUGUUAACAUGUGGGCCCAACUUCCUGUGUGAGAUCUGUGUCUUAAAACUUACUGAAAUGGAAAUUUAUGAAUUAUUGCAAAUUGUAAUGCUGGAAACAAAAAAUAAAUCCUUGGUUAAAGGGUU